UAACCAAACAUGCUAUUAAGGUUUCCCUUCUGUACACUUUUUUCCUUCUCGUACACCUUCUAAUAAAUUAGCAACACAUAUCAAUUCUCUGUCCAAAUAGAUACUUCAGGAAGCUUAGGAAUUCAGUACCAUGCUCCCUCUCAUCGUCUACCUGGUGUCUCUGCAUCUCCUCUUCUCUGUCACUAUCGCUGGAAACUCAGCAGCCUACAGCCCAAUUGAUUAUAUUCUCCUCAGCUGUGGGGCGUCGUUAAAUUCAAUAUCAGAAGAUGGAAGGAAGUGGAUCCCUGAUGAAAAGUCCAAAUUUUCUACCUCUAAUUCCGUCAACUCUUCAUUUGCAUCCACAGCAUCCCGUCAAGACCAUGCUGUUACUCAAGUCCCUUACAUGACUGCUAGAGUUUUUCGUGAUAUAUUCACUUAUAGCUUUCCGGUAUCCCCUGGCCUCAAAUUUCUCCGUUUCUAUUUCUAUCCGGUUAAAUACUCUGACUUUGAUGGUCACACUUUCUUCUUCUCUGUUACCGCUAAUAAUUACGUACUCCUGAAAAAUUUCAGUGCCUAUUUAACUGCUGAAGAUGCAGAUGCAGCGUCGUUGAUCAAAGAAUUUAUGGUUCCAGUUUUCGAAACUGGGAAGCUAGAUGUCAUCUUCUCACCGUCAGCAAAGUCUUUGGCUUUUGUAAACGGUAUUGAAGUUAUUUCCAUGCCAAAGAAUAUGUAUGGAAAUCACCAACAAAAUUCUUUAUCCUUCGUAAAUCAUGAUCACGCUCCCUUUGAUAUUCCUAAAACUACGGCUUUUGAAACCGCUAAUCGUCUAAAUGUCGGUGGAGCAGACGUGGCUAACGUAGACGAUUCAGGCAUGUUUCGAACAUGGAGUGACGACUUGCCCUACAUCUAUGGAGCUGCAACAGGAACUACUCCUAGUCGGUCUAAUGUUACAAUCGAUUACACCGAAGACAACCCAGCUUAUACCGCUCCGGAUAUUGUCUACAGGACGUCAAGAACAAUGGGUCCUAGUCCAACAACCAACGAGAUGUACAAUCUCACAUGGAACUUUUCUGUCGAUACCGGCUUCAAUUACCUCCUUAGGCUUCAUUUUUGCGAGACUCAAUUGGAAGUGACGAAUGUAGGACAACGCGUGUUUGAUAUAUACAUCAAUAAUCAAACAGCUGACCUUAGUGUCGACGUGAUUGACCAGAGUGGCGGUAAUAGCAAGCCGAUGCACAAAGACUACGUUGUGUGGAUACCCAAUGAAGGUCAAAAUAAACAAACUCUAUGGCUAGCAUUACACCCUAGCGAAGCCGUUGGUUCAAAGUUCGCUGAUGCAAUCCUGAACGGUUUAGAGAUUUUUAGACUCAACAAAUCAGACGGUAGUCUUGCAGUGCCAAAUCCUGAACCGAAUUUGAGUCGUACACCGAACAAACAGUAUCAAGGCUCCACUUUGAGGAAACAGAAAAAAGGAUGCUCACUGGUUAUGGUCAUUACCAUAGCUGUCUUGAGUGGCGCAAUUGCUCUUUCUCUUAUCAUAUGCUUUUUCAUUUUCAAGCGCAAAAGGAAAGUAAAGGACUCGGCUGUUAGUGAACCAAAAUCAUCAUGGGGGCAAGUACCCUGCCCAUCAAACACCACCUGCACAACCAGCGUGUCCUUACUGCCAUCUGAUUUUUGCCGCCGGUUCUCCAUCAGUGAGAUGAAAGAAGCCACCUUUAACUUUGAUGAGCAAUCCAUUAUUGGAUCAGGAGGAUUUGGCCACGUCUACAAAGGUUUCAUCGAUGGUGGGUCGAGCACAGUUGCAAUCAAAAGGUUAGAUUCAUCAUCAAGGCAAGGGACCCGGGAGUUCCAAACUGAACUUGAGCUACUCUCCAAGCUACGCCAUGUUAAUCUUGUGUCCUUGAUUGGUUUUUGUGAUGAUCAUGGCGAGAUGAUUCUUGUCUAUGAAUACAUGUCGCGUGGGACCCUUCGUGAUUAUCUCUACAAAACCAAAAACCCUCCGUUACCAUGGAAAAGGAGGUUGGAAAUCUGCAUUGGGGCUGCCCGUGGAUUGCAUUACCUCCAUUCAGGUGUGAAACACCCAAUCAUUCACCGUGAUGUCAAAUCUGCCAACAUAUUAUUGGAUGAGAAUUGGGUGGCCAAGGUUUCUGACUUUGGCUUGUCCAGGGUGGGCCCCACGAGCAUUUUUCAGAGCCACGUCAGCACUGUGGUAAAAGGAAGUAUCGGAUACGUUGAUCCUGAAUACUAUCGAAGGCAGCAGUUGACUCAGAAAUCUGAUGUUUACUCAUUUGGUGUGGUUUUAUUUGAGGUAUUAUGUGCUCGACCGUCUAUGAUUCCAGGGCUACCAAAGGAUCAAGUGAGCUUGGCUCGAUGGGCCAGGAUUUGCCAUGCAAGAGGAACCCUCGAGGAAAUCAUGGACCCAAAUUUAGUGGGGGAUAUUACACCUUUGUGCCUAAAGAAAUUUGGUGAGCUUGCAGGGAGUUGUAUCCGUGACAACGGAAUUGAGCGGCCAAUGAUGAGUGAUGUGGUUUGGGGUUUAGAAUUUGCACUGCAAAUCCAAGGGGCAACUGAGAGGAGCAUGAUGAAUAGGGAAGAUGAGCAGGUCACCUCCGGCCAAAUGAGUCCUUUGAUCUCGCAUGGAGUCACCACCAUAGAUGAUGAUGACUUGUUUAGUGUUUCAAGUGGGCAAGUGCCUGAAUCAAGGAGCACGAUUAGUAGUGGCGGAAGGAGUGCUAAUCGAAGUGACAUUCAUAGAAUGAACUCUGAGAAUGUCUUCUCUGAGAUUAUGAAUACAAAAGGGAGAUGAGAUUAAAAGUGAACUUUGUUUAAACUUUUGUUCUCUUUUUUUCUUUUUCAACUAGUCUUCGAACAAGCUGCUACACGUUUAAUAUUUUUAUAUUCAAAUAUUAUUAAAAAUAAUGUUAAAGUAAUGUAUAUAAAUAAUAUUUCAAUUUCA